AGAACAAUAACAAAAUUGCAUCCAAAUUCACAUGAAAUUAUUAUUUUUUUAGUUUUUUAAGAAUUAAAGUUCACGAGAAUGAAGCCGGUAAUAUGUGUUAGACGUUAUGAUGAUAAAGACAACUACAAAGUCAAGGAAAUCAUAAGAAAUUUCGUUCUCAGUCGAUUUUCUGCUGCAUUUUGGUUUUGUAUUUUUCGGGAGAUAACACUUCAACUUAUUGUUCUUGCCACUGCCAUGUUCUUCAUAUUUUUUGGAAUUCCUUUAAUUUAUUGUAUUUCUUCUGUUCCAAUUGUGAUUAUUAUGAUUGGAAUUUGUGUAUAUGCAUCACAUUAUAACAAAGCAAUAGAAAUGUCAAACAUGCACACACCGAUAUGUUUUGUUGCAGAAGUUCACGAACCAUUCUUUCUUCGACUUAAUAAGAAAGAAAUCGAAUAUUCAGUCAUGACCGAAGAAGAAGUUGCAAAAAAUCAAGAAGUGAGAAAAAUGACAAAGAAAAUUGUUGGGACUGUUUCGAUAAAGAAUCACAAUUCACUACAUGACUCGGCUUGGCUUUAUAGACUCGCAAUUGAUCCUGAUUAUCCAUUCAAUAUCAUUGCCAAGUCUUUAGUUGAAGCAGCAAUGAAACACGCACAUCAACAUCACUUAUAUACGUGUGAAACCGUUUCAGAAGAAUGUCAUGAAGAUUUUAGAGAAGUUCUACUUAAAAUUGGCUUCCUUAUCCGACAAAUUUAUCACAAAAGCAUCAUUGGAAGUAGUUUGAGAAUCAUGAAAGCUCAAAUGGGAAUUGAUCUUGACAAGUUUUUUCGGAACAAGAAAAGCAGUCUCGAUGCCAAAAGUGAUGAACAAGAGUAUUAAAUCAAGUGAUGGAUCUGACGAAUCUUUACAUUCCAUUGUUAUCGAAUCGUAAUAAUUAAUGUCAAUUUGGAAAAACUCAAAUUUAUAAAUUUAUUUUUUAAUAUUAUAAAAUAGAAACAAAUCACAUUCUGACAGUUAAUAAACUUUUUUAUUUAAAAACUUUAAACCUUCGACCAAUAACUUUGAUAAGAAAAAAAUGCACGUGACUGUUAAUGGAAUAAAAUCUCAAACAUUUAAACAGCUUCUAAAAGUAAGGCAAUGCCUUGACCACCGCCAAUACAUGCAGAACCAACAGCUCUCUUAAGGUUCUUCCUCUUCAAUUCAUGAACAAGAUGUGCAGUGAUUCUCGAUCCUGAUGAACCCAAUGGAUGUCCAAGGGCGAUGGCUCCACCAUUGACAUUGAGUUUGCUGGGGUCCAAGUCUAAACCUUUAGCACAAGCGAGAGUUUGGGCAGCAAAAGCUUCAUUGAUUUCAAUUAAAUCCAAAUCAUUCUUAGACCAACCAGCUACUUUAAGAACAUUUUCAAUUGCUGGGACUGGACCUUCGCCCAUGAUUGAUGGGUCAACUCCCACAGUUGAAUAUGCAACUAAUCGUGCCAGUGGUUUUAAUCCAUAUUCUUUACAAGCUUCUUCUGAUGCUAUAAUGACAGCUGCUGCUCCAUCACAAAUUCCUGAAGCUGUUCCAGCUGUGACUAAGCCAUCUUUCUUGAAUAAGCUUUGAAGUUUGUUGAGACCUUCAAGAGUUGUUUGAGGUCUUGGAUGUUCGUCAAUUGCAAAAUCAACUUCCUUUCCUUUAACUUUCAAUUUAAAUGGAGUGAUUUCAGAUUUAAAUGCGCCUUCCUUUUGACCUUUUUCCCAGUUUUUUUGUGAUAAGAGAGAGAAUUCAUCGACCUGUUCACGUUUAAUUCCGUACUUUUCACCCAACUUUUCUGCUGUCAUUGCCAUUGGCAAUUUACAAUAACUGUCAGUGAGACCAGCCCAAAGCGAGUCUUCAAGAUUGUAAUUGACACCGAGUGUUGUUCCAAAACGAACAUUUCUUACAGCGAAUGGAGCUUGACUCAUAUUUUCCACUCCUCCAGUCAGAGAUACUUUUGCUGCCCCCAAAAUUAUAUCUUGAGCUCCGUUAAUGACUGAUUGAAAUCCUGAGCCACACAAACGGUUGAUUCCAAGUGCAGGCUUUUCAAUUGGAACACCAACAUGUAAUCCAACAUGUCUUGGAAGAUAAAUUCCAUCAGUUUGUGUGCAUUGCAUGACAUGUCCGAAGACAAUUGAAUCGACUUUGUCUGGUGAUAAAUUUGCAUCUUUCAAUGCCUGAAUCGAAGCAGCAGUUUGAAGUUGUGUCGCGGUGAUGUUUUUAAAUGCUCCACCAAAGGUACCAAAAGCAGUACGGCGAGCGCCAACAAUAAAAACUCCUUUUGUUACUGCCGACAUUAUCUAUCGUUAUUUGUGCUUUGAAAAUCAAAUAGAAUUAUUAUGAACAGUAGAAGUAAAAAAUUUGUUGAUUGUCUUC